AUUUGUCAUUAUGAUUUGUAUCUGUUGUGUUGCGUGCUGACUGUGUUUAGGUUUCUAGUUAAUCGUGGUUAAUUGAUUAAUAAAAUUAAUUAAUUAUUAUAAUAAUUAUUCAAUCAAAUAAAUAAAUAAACAUGCAGCGUGAAGAAAAACAAUUAGAUUCUGCUCUUGAAGCAAUAAUAACAAGAGUCAACGAUUUAAAAUCAUCAAUAUCAUCAAUGUUAUUUAAAUUGGAGCAUGAAUAUGAGAUGUUAAAUUGGCCAAGUUUUUUGGAUAAUUUUGCUCUUAUUGCAGGUCAUUUAACAAGUCUUUCGAAAAUUCUUGCUCAUGAUAAAGCACCAAAUCUUCGUAGUUUAACAGUAUUGCCAUUGUUAUUAAGUCCAGAAAAAGAUGAUGAACUAAUGAGAAUGACUGAAGGAAGAAUAUCAACAUUUGCUCAUGAUCUUGUACCAGAUUAUUUACGAACAAAACCAGAACCACAAGCAGAACAAAAAAUGGUUCAACUUGAAAUGAAAGCAGCCAAUUUAAGCUAUGAUGCAUCACACGACUGCAAUAAACAAGUUACACAAUAUACAAAAGUGAUAAAUCAUGUUUGGGAAAUUGCAAACAAGGCUAGAGAAGAAUGGGAAAGUGAAGCUGGUGCUAGGGCUGCUCAAGCACAAACAAGUAGUACUGCUGAUACACAUGUACUUGUUGCAGCUGUUGGAAUGGGAAAAGGACUCAAGUCUGAUUCAGUACAAAUGGUACAAUCUGGUAAUGUCGGUCCUGGUGGUAUGAUGGUUGGACGACCAGGAAGUCAACCAGGCCCUGGAGGACCAGGUCCAAUGGGAAAUCCUCAAAUGGGUCAAAUGGGAAAAGCACCAAGUGCAAUUAAAACCAACAUCAAAGCUGCCUCUCAAAUUCAUCCUUAUGGACGAUAAUAAUAUAUUAAAUAAAUGAGAAAAUAAGAGUGAUAUAAUAAUUUCUACAGUUUUAG